UGACGACGUUCUGGAUAGAGGCUGCACACGCAUUCUAGGCAUCUGAGUGGUUGAUGGGCAGUGAAGAUCUGACGAAGAUCGCGGCCCCAUCCAAGUCUGUCUGUCGUCCAACGACUCGCUGCGAAGCUCGCAUUCGAGCGAGGGAGGGGACGAUCGCCGGCAGAGACAUUCUUUCCAGGAAGGAACGAGGAAGACGGCGCGUCAGAGUCUAGAGUCGGAGCCAGUCAGACUCGCACUUGCCUUUCUUAUUCCCUUUCCAGCCAUCAGUGUGCUGUGCCUUGGCUCCUGCCUCCUUGCCGGUUCACCUGUGAGGUACCAAACAAACACUUUCAAGUCUGUACUUAAGACACUCUCCCUGCCCCUUCCCUCCCGUCUCAAGAGCGUCUUGGGCUUUUCUCCCCUCCGCCUUGGCCUCCGCCUCAGUCUCAGUCUCAGUCUCCUCCUCCCCCUUCUCCCCUCCUCGCCCUUACUCUUGCUCUUGCUCUGACUCUUGCUCUUUGCUCCUCCUCUCGCCCGGCCCUCCACUUCCCCGCAAUACAGCAUCAAUCGUCGCCGUAUCGCAACGCACAAACGACAAACGGUGCAGGAAGGGAGCCUCGCUCUGACUGGCACAUUCGCCGCUCCGCUUUGCCGCCGAUCACGCGAGCGCAACCAAGACCAGGCCGACUGCGACGACUAUUGGCCCCCGUGGCGUGAGGCUGGCUGCGAGAUAGAUGACGAACAGCCGGUUGGUCCCGCGGCAACGGAAGUGCACCACACCAUCCACACCGCACACCACACCAUCCACGUCGCCCUCGACCGCAUCCCUGCCCGCCUGCCUGCCGCCGCCGGUCUUCGUCGCCCAGUGCCAAAUCCCGAGCAUCCAAAACAGACCAAGCGACCUCCAUCCGUCUCUUGGGCUUGCUCCCUCAGGCCUAGCACCACGGGACCCCAGCCUGUGUGUUGAGUUAGAAUCCGUGCAGUGUUAGUCGACGCCAGGACAAUCUCAGGCUCGCAGACAGACAGCGGGCCGUGGACCCAACGCCAGUGCCCCCGAACCAACAACCGCCGCCCAUCUUCAUCUGAAGAUUUUGCUUUCAAUCCUACUUCCCUUUUUUUAUAUAUAUACUCUUUGUUGUCCUGCUUUAUUGUCAUACCUUUCUUCCCCCUUCUGGGUACUUUCUGGUCUUCCUGUUGGCACCCCCCUGUGCUGUGCACAUGGCCAGCGCAGACUUUGUCGCUGUCACAAGAGCUUAUUCCGACGCUUGUCUACGUUCUGAUUCCUUCCCCCGUGACCUGAUGGUGCCCGCCACGACGACGACGACGACGACGACAGCAUCAAACCGCUCCUCGUUAUUACCUCGCCGUAUCUGCCAUAUCUACUACGCAAGAUGGAGCAUGGUGGUGUCCGCGAGCUGGACCUGAGCAACUGCGCACCCAGCCUCAUGGCCGACAGGGUCGGGGUCGCGCCAGGCCUACGAUGCAGCGCUGCUUUCUUCACCUUUCUAAGAGCCAACCUCGUUCUCACGCCCUCGGCGGUCUCAUCCCCGGGCAGCACCCCCUAUCUGGAACCCUACUCGCCCCAGCUCCCGUCAUAUCACCAACUUGUCAAUCACAACCAGCCGUUUCAGUAUCAAAAGUCCCGGAUUUCUUCGCCUAACGCACCAACUCCUUCUCCGCUUGCCAAGCAACAACUUUCUGUCCGGCAUUACCAUCCCGACGAUGACGUCCCCCCUCUCGCGCUCGACACCUUGGCCACGCCUGAUGACAAGGCCGAGGGCCUGCGCCUUGUCGCCGACUCCGUCGCCCAGAUGAGGCCCCGUGCCGCCCGCGUUCUAGCCCGUCAUCCUCUCCUACUCGUCGCUUUGGCUGCUGCGUGGGCCCUCGUCUACGGCUUCGUUCACGCGUCUCGUGGUGGUAGCGCUGGAAUGGCCUUCCCGAUCGCCUGCGUCGCCAUUGCGGUGUACCUGCUUACGAUACGCUUUUGCACUGCUCGAUACGACAGGCUCGCCAACAGCAUCGACGUCUCGUGGCUCCAGCACCCUUUGAGCAGUGGGCAUGAGGACGUCGUACUGGGUGCACGCCGUGGCGGCAAACUAGUUGGCACGCUCGUCCUGCGUAUCGAGCCUCGUCUUGGUACAACCGCCGGUGGCGGCGGCAGCAAUACUUCCUCCAACGGGUCUUAUGCGUAUCAAUACUAUCAUCGCCGCAAGAACCGCAGCCGCAGUGCCACUUUUCGUGGUGGCCGGGGUGUCAUCCGCGCCUGGACUACGUUGCAGGAUCGCCGUGGCGAAGGCAUUGGCCGCGAGCUCCUGAACGCGGCGGUGCGUCGCACGCGGGGCGUAUGCGGACGUGAUGCGCAGGUCGGCUUCGCCCAGGAGCAUGCUAAUAGUGUGAUGUUCUUGCCAGAGCUCUUCACGGCGACAUUUAAGCACGAUGAGCGCCGGGCUGCGGAGGCGUUACAGGCCGUAGUCGACUCGUGGGAUACGUCCAGGCGCAAGAAGAGGUGAACAGCAGCUCCAAGCUGACGCCUGCUUCUUGUUCCCUAGGAGCGCUACUUUGUGUGAUUUGUACGCCUGUUGUCGAUGAGCAGCAUAACAUUCUCUUGAGAUACCCUGUCGUCCUGCGGACGACUUUCCGAGAUACCCUCGCUUAAGCUUUGGACAGAAGGCGAGUCAUUCAUUAAUAGCAAAAUAUUAUGCGUCACGAGUGGGACGCAGUUG